AUGAACGCUGCUAUCUCUUUUCGAAAAACCUCCGGAGGUCUCCCGCCUCGCUAUCGCACUCCUUCUCCUCCGCCUCGUGAGGCAAUUGAGCCGCUCUCCCCCGCCGCAGAGAACGUGCACCACAACUGGCCGCCAGAACACAACGCUUAUCCCGCACAAGGGCUCGGUCUUAGCUUGGCUGGCUUCGAUGGUCCUCAAGUGCACACGGCAUAUGAACAACGACUUUGGGUUGAUAAUGACGGCCAAGCUCGAAUUGACUCAUUCAGCAUCAAUGCCACCAGAACCAAUGCGACACGAAGAAGUACCUACGACGAAUACAGAACGACCGCUCCCACAGACGGAUCGCUAAAGAGGGAGAAGAAGGGACAUGGAAGGUCUGGUUCGAGUAUCGAUGCCCUCGCUACCAUUGCUCUAGCUACAAGUCCCACCUUCAGCCAGGGAUCCCCUGCUUUCCCUCCAAGCCCUUGGCUGCCUUCCUAUACCUAUGGCAAUGGCUAUCAACACGACUACACAUUGGAUGAACGACCUUCGAAGAGAGCCAGAUCCGAAAAACUUCCUUCUCCACAAAUGGGCCGGAAACAAACAAGACCAUCCACGAGCCACCUCACUUCCUUUGAGAGUCUAAAAGACGAUGCCGAAUUACUUCUCAACUUUGCCCAACCUCAUAAUUUUCCUCCUCUUCGAAAGAGCACGCCUCCACAGCAUCAACACCCUCAGUUCGACCCAGAAAGCCCUCCUUAUAGGCGUCUUAGCGCGUCGACAACAGUAAGUGAGCAAAGGGAACAGCCUGCGCUCAAUGGUGUCCAAGAAGAUGGUCAUGAAUCUCCAGGGCCACAUGGAGAACACGUAGCGUUGAAGCAGAUAGAAGACUACAUCGCUCAGUCUGGGGUGGCGGAAGGCAAGGAGCCCAUAAAAACCAAGCAAGAACCUGGCUCGGCAUCGGAUGACACCAGUAUUCAUCAGGGAACGUCCCCGGAGCUUCAAACUGAGCCCAAGGCUUCUGCUACUUUAGUAGAGCAGCUGGCUGCAUCCGCAGCUGAAGCUUCCGUCAUUGAGGAAAAGAAACCGCGCCGAAUCCAGCCGACAACUCAAGCACCUUGUGGGAAGUGCAACUCCUUACAAGCCAUCACUGGAAACGAAGAUCAUGAUGGUCAAAUAUCGUGGAUCGGAUGUAAUGGGUGUCAGCGAUGGUUUCACAUCAUCUGUGCUGGGUUCAAGGAUAGUCGGGAAACGCGAACAGUGGAUAAGUAUAUCUGCGCUGACUGCGAACCCGUCAAAGGCCAAACCACUUAUGUCCGAAAGUCCUCAAGAGCCAGAACUGCCAUCGAUUACGCUGGCCUCAAUCAAGGCAUGAUUCAGUCUUCGGAGGAGACGGCAGAGCAUCACUGGCUCAAGCCGAUCAAAGAUGGCAGAAUCAAAUUUCAACCUGACGAUUUCGCACGCAUUCGACCAGAGCUUCUGACAACAGAAUAUCUGGAGAAGACUGAUGGCAUGAAGCGCCCUGUCGUCAUUCCUGCAUGUUGGAAUCCUCAAUUCGGCGUGCAAAAGGAGGUAGAGGCGAAUGUCGAAGCAGACGACGAGUUUGCUGGGCAGGAAGUAAUCAUUGACUCAAAUGGAAACGAGGUUGCAGCGAGUCUCCUAGGUUCCUGUGUGCAGGAUCGAGAAGAAGUGCUCGACUGUGGUCAAGAUCUUCUCGACAUGGUCAUGCCUCAGAAUCUUACCGUCCGGAGGGUUGCUGAACUGCAUGGUCCUGAUAUGCCUCUCGACGUGAUUGAUGUCAAAUCGCAGCAGACAGCCCAGAAGUGGAACCUAAAGAAAUGGGCCGACUACUAUGAAAGUACAGGCGAGAAGACCAUCCGCAACGUCAUCAGUUUGGAAGUUUCGCAAAGCAAGCUUGGUAGGCUUCUGCAACGACCGAAAAUUGUUCGUGAUCUCGACCUGCAGGAUGCUGUGUGGCCACCAGAGUUACCAUCCAAGGCUGUACAAUUCUACUGCUUGAUGUCGGUUGCCGACUGUUACACCGACUUUCACAUUGACUUUGGUGGUUCGUCUGUCUAUUACCACAUCUUGAAGGGCAAGAAGACCUUCUUCUUCAUCCCACCCGAAGAAAAGCAUUUGAAGAAAUACGAACAAUGGAACAAUUCGCCGCUCCAGAACCAGACGUUCCUGGGUGAUGUGACUGGUGAUUGCAGCAGAGUCGACCUUUCCGAAGGGGAUACAAUGAUGAUCCCGUCUGGCUGGAUACAUGCCGUGUGGACUCCGGAGAACAGCUUGGUGGUUGGGGGCAAUUUUCUUACGCGCAUGAGCUAUGAAAUGCAGAUAAAGGUCAACCGUAUAGAGAUUGACACAAAGACGGCUCUCAAGUUCAGGUAUCCACUAUUUCAAAAGGUCAAUUGGUAUGCGGCUAUCCGGUAUCUCGAAGAUGAUCCAGUCCCCGAAGAGGUUCUCAACGAGUUCGAGGACGAUCCUGAAUACGUCUUCCUCCGAGCAAACCCCGUCUGGCAUGAAUUUGGAGAGCUAGAGAACAGUGCAGAACCUGGCGACCCCUUCUACAAUGCUCGCUUCUACUCGCGAAUGGAAGUGGAGGGCUUACCAGCACUGCGGGACUAUUUGUAUCGUACUGCAUUGAUAGCGUCCGACUUCCACGUGGAUGGUGUUACCGAGACAACUCGAACAAACGUCAAGAAGUCAAUACCAAAGGGUCACGGAGAACCAAUGGACCUGAUGCGAACAUUUGGCAUCUGGGUAGCAUGGAAGACUGGUUGUGUCACCGCACCCGACUGGGUCAGGCCUGACUCCCCAUCUUUGUCAAGUCUGGCCCGAAAAGCUGAGAAGCAAAAGAAGUCUGACGUGAGGACACCUGGUGAGCGAACGUCGUCAAGAGUCCAGUUACAGCUUGAGCAUGCUCGCGCUGAAAGCGCAAACACGUCCAUCAAACAGCAGACCUCUUCCGUUGAGCCUGAAGCUGCCAAAGAGGACACCAAAAAGCCAAGGAGGACGCCGAAAACGUCAGGACUUGGACCGCAGAGGUUCGCUUGCGAUCCCUGCCGAAAACGCCGCAUCAGGUGUCGUCACAGGGAAGGGGAAGCCCUGGCCCCAUCGAGCGAGAGCGAUAGAUCAAGAAUAUAUUCCUCAAUCAGCGUCGAAAUACCACGAACCGUUCCUGCCCAGGGCUCUGCAAUUCUGGACGGACCUGGUUCGUCACCUCAAGCUAGGGCACACCCGUUACCGGAUCCGGAUUCCGUCUCUACACUCAUAAAUCCCCAGGAGACAUAUGGUUCCAGCAAUCAGCCACCACCAGUGCAACUGCAGACAGAAGAUUCGAUGUUGACAGGCGCAGCCUCAGGUAAGAAGGGACGUAGUAAGGCGUGUGAGGAAUGUCGGAAGAGCAAGGUAAGAUGUGUGAUUCCGCCCACCGACUUGGUAUCUGACACUGUCCAGCGUCGCUGCAUACAUGAUGAGAAUGGCAAGGUCGAUCCUUACAAAGCCGCCGAACCCUCGAGGCCCCGCGGAUCGACCUCGACCAAGCGACCAGCGCGUCUUAGUGACGAAAUGUCUUCUGCUAAAAAGCCAAAGGUCGACAAGACGGAGGAUGAUACGAUUUUGAUUGGUCAAGCCCAGUCUGCCCUAGCAGAAGCGUUCCAUGAGCAGGCAGUAGAAGAUGACGAUUUCAAUGCCCUGAUCGAUCCCUCCUUACAGCCUGCUAUCCAACAACUACAGGCAGCAGCAAGCGUCAUGACGCAAUCUGCACAGGAGAUGAACGAAGCAGCUGGUCCAGAUCAAAAGCCAGAGACUUCGAGCAUUGACGCUCUCUCCGUAGAAGCACCUUUACAACAAGCAAAACUCACCAUCCACAUUGAUCCUCAAUUGCAAGCACCAUCCACCUCCAUUAAAACAGAAGCCCAUCCUGUCGCAGGCCUUGCCACAUCAUCAAGUCAAAUCUCUGCAAAUUCGCUCGUCUCUCCUCCGGACUCUCUUCACAACGACGGCGAAGACGUCUUCUCCCCACACAUCACCAACCACAACAAUCCCCAUGUCAACAAAUCUGUUGAAGGGAUAAAUCACCACGAAGAUGAAGAGGAAGGAGGAAGUAGCAAUGACUCGACAACAUCGACAUCAAAUCCUCUCCAGACCCCGAAAUCGGCUGGUUCGCGCUACUCGUCACGUCAACCGAAACCGGUCGACAGAUAUGUUCCUGACCCUCUUACUGUGUCCCAGCAUCCGGGAACCGGCAUUAAGCAUACACCGAACGCAACCGUUGCUAAUAAGAAGGAAGGCCGCCGCGCGUCCAGCAGUGGUGCUAGCCUUGUCACUACAUCCAAUUCGAAGUCGAACUCCAACUUCAAUUUGAGUAGAGGACAUGGUAGUAGUGGGAAGCCAAGACGCGCAUCUAGUCAUGCUACUUCCUCUUCCACCACAUCUGCUGCAGCUUCUACAACGACUGUCUCCCUUCCUUUCGUGGCUGCUGCUCAACAACGAGAACAAAAAGAGGUCAUUUCAUCCUCCACACUGCCAAAGACAGAUGAAGCAACAACGGCGACACACGGGAACGGUUUGGGUGCGGUAUUAGGGACCGCAUCAUCGCAGCAGGCAGGGCAAGUCGGCAUAUCGCCGGAAAUCGAGGCAGAUGAGGAGAGUCUCCGGCUGAUCCGCGCACUGCAAGAAGAGGAAUUCGGGCUCCGGAGACGGAGGAGCAUGAGGGCUUGA